GUAAAACACGCCCCCUUAUGUAUCCACCGUUUGUUGUUGAGCAUUUAAAGUUCUGCAUGUGAGCUGUUUAGACAAGCAGACCCAAAUAGUUGGGAUAAGGCUAAUUGCAGUAACCAUUAAAUCAGCUGUCCAGAUGGAAUUGCAUUUCAAUGCUUAGCAAAGCCACAAGGCCCAUAAUCGAUUUCCUGAUGUUUACUUCUUUACUAAUAUAAUGAGCAUCAAGUCUUGAUCCCAGAACCAUGAGUGGUGCAUCUAAAAGGUUGCAUGAAGAUGGAGGACACUCAACACCUAUUAAGAGGUCACAUGAAGAGAGUAGUAUGUUCUCUGGACUUGGAAAGACGAUUCAGCCACAUGCUAAUGAUUUUCACUUGCCUUAUGAACCUGGGCAUGAUGGAAGACCAGUACCUGGGCAUGAUGGAAGACCAGUAAAAGUCCAACGCAUUGAUCCUCGGGAAAGUGAUAAGAGGCCUUUACAUAGACCGUCUUCCUCUCCCAACCAUGGUGUGGACCAUCCCACUUCUUCUGAGAAUAGAUCAGAAUUGAGAACUUCCAAGGAAUCAAGAGAUGUAAAAACUGUAAUCAGGGAAAUAAAGUCAGAUACCAGGGAUUCUUGCAUUGAUAUAAAGAUAGAUUCACAUGUCAGUAAGGUUGAAAGCGAUAUAAGAGACCCAAGGGGUGAUGAAAAGGAAUUAAGAUCUGAUAGGGGUUCUUACAAUGAGUCCAAGGGUGCCGCUAAAUUUGAAAGAGAUACUUAUGCAGCAUCUGUGUCUCAUACAAGCUGGAAAGAGAGCAAAGAUCACAUUUGGCCUAAAAGAUAUACUGAACCUGCUAAUGAGAGCAUGGAGUCAUGGCGAAUUGCAAGGCAUUUACAAAACACAAAUGAAAUUGGGAAAGACCAACCAGCAAGGGCUGAGGAUAGAAAUUCUUUGGGAUCAUAUGAGGGGGUUGCUGAGAACAAGGUUGAAUUUAAAGGAGAAGAUAAAUUCAGGGAAAAGGAUAAGAAAAGGAAAGAUGAUAGACAAAAAGAUUUUGGAGAUUGGGACAAGGACAGAAUUGACCUUAGAGGAAGCAUGCAGCUUGGUGAAAUCAACAGUGAGAGAAAGGAAUCGAAGGAAGAUAAAGAAUUAGAGAAGUGGGAGAGGGAGCGAAGGGAUCUGCUGAAGGACAAGGAACAAAAUGAUCAGGAGAAAGAUUUUGUAAAGAGAGAAUCUCCAAAUUCUAAUGAAAGGGAGAAUUCACAUUAUGUGAAGGAGGUACAUGAAGGGUCCGGAAAAAUUUCUGACCAGGUUGUUUCAUCAUCGGAUCCUAGGAGGCCUAAAGAUGAUGGCUGGAAAGUUUCUGAUAGGGAUCUCAGAGAUAAAAAAAGAGAAAGGGAUGCAGAUGUAGGAGAUAGAUAUGGCCUGCCUGGAAAGUGUUAUGAGAAGGACUUGGAUGAUGGUACUGAUGGAGAUGGAGGUUUGGAUAGAGAUAGAGAUGCUUUUGGUUAUGGUAUUCAGCAGCGAAGAAGAAUGUUACGGUCCAGAGGCACCACUCAACCGACUCAUCGAGAACCUCGUUUUCGAUCUAGAGCUCGGGACCAUGAUGGAUCUCAAGGUAAGCUGGAUAUAUCCACCGUUGUUUAUAAAGCUGGUGAAUGCAUGCAAGAAAUUUUAAGAACUUGGAGGGAGUUCGAAGCAUCUCAGGAUAGUAAAACUGCUGAAGCCUCCCAAAACUAUCCUACCCUUGAAAUUCGAAUACCUGUGGAAUAUGUUACUUCUACCAAUCGCCAGGUCAGGGGUGCACAACUUUGGGGGACAGAUAUAUAUACAAACGAUUCAGAUCUUGUUGCAGUUCUCAUGCACACUGGAUACUGUUGCCCAACAUCAGCUCCUCCUCCAUCUGCAAUUCAUGAGUUGAGGACGACAAUUCAAGUGCUACCUCCACAAGAAUGUUACACCUCAACAUUAAGAAAUAAUGUCCGCUCUCGAUCUUGGGGAGCUGGAAUUGGUUGCAGCUUUCACAUUGAGCGGUGCUGCAUUGUCAAGAAAGGUGGCGGUACUAUUGAUCUCGAGCCCCGCCGGACCCAUGUAUCUGCAGUGGAGCCAACAAUUGCUCCUGUUUCUGCUGAGAGGACAAUGACGACAAGGGCUGCAGCUUCGAAUGCACUACGUCAACAAAGAUUUGUUCGUGAAGUUACAGUUCAGUACAACCUCUGCAAUGAGCCAUGGCUAAAAUAUAGCAUUAACAUAGUUGCUGAUAAGGGACUUAAGAAGCCUCUUUAUACAUCAGCUCGAUUGAAGAAAGGAGAGGUUUUAUAUUUGGAAACGCAUUAUAAUAGGUAUGAGCUGUGCUUCAACGGUGAGAAGUCUGUUUGUAAUGGAACGACUUCAACCUCUAAUCAUUUGUUAGAACCAGAGCAGGAGAAGCAACAAAGCCAUCAUACCCAAAACGGUGAUAAACAUCCGUUAGAGCGUGAGAAUAUUAUUGAUGUCUACCGUUGGUCUCGUUGUAAGAAACCCCUGCCCCAGGAUGUUAUGCACUCAAUAGGCAUUCCAUUACCAGUUGAGCAGCUCGAGGUCUUGGAGGAGAAUUUGGACUGGGAGGAUGUGCAGUGGUCACAAACUGGCGUGUGGGUGGCGGGAAAGGAAUAUGCUCUUGCUCGGGUUCAUUUUCUCUCACCAAAUUAGUGAUUACAUAUGCAUUUUAUAGUUUGUAUAAUUUUUCCUUGUUCCAAUGUAACCUUUGUGCCUUUCAUUACAUGUAAGAUGCAUAAACUGCCGUUGCUUUUGGCUUCUGCCAUCAAUUAAAAUUCUUUUAAACGGUCUGAUUUCCUUAUUUUCACAGUAUGGCAAAAUAAAUGGUACAUGUUAUGUCUGCGCCAUAGCACAUCGUACAAUUGACAUGCUAUUUUGUUUUUCUAGUAUAAAUAUUAUACUUUAUGUUCCCAGAA